AUUCUGUCCGGCGGCUACGGAGUCAUGGCAGCGCCAAGCAGGAAACAAUUGAUGCGCUUUCUGAGCCAAAUGGGGGCGUUUAUUUUGACCCGCUUCGGUUUCUGGAACUGCUUCAGCAUGUUGAUGCUGUUCGCGGAGCGGGCCGACUCAAAAAGGAAACCCGACAUCCACGUGCCGUACCUGUAUGUGGACAUGGGCGCAGCGGUGCUGUGCGCAAGCUUCAUGUCAUUCGGCGUGAAGCGGAGGUGGUUUGCCAUGGGGGCCGCGCUGCAGCUGGCCAUCAGUACUUACGCCACGUAUGUCGGAGGGCAGGUUCACUAUGGCGACUGGCUGAAGGUCCGGAUGUAUUCCAGAGCGCUGGCCAUUAUCGGUGGAUUCCUCAUCCUAGCUAGUGGGGCAGGAGAAGUGUACCGCCAGAAGUCCCGCAGCAGAUCUCUGCAGUCCACGGGCCAGGUCUUCCUGGGGGUCUACCUCAUUUGCAUGGUGUACUCGCUGCAGCACAGUAAAGAAGACCGGCUGGCCUACCUCAAUCACAUCGUGGGCGGGGAGCUGUCGUUGAUGCUGCUGGAGGUUCUGUUUGGGGUCCUGGCUUUGGCCUUCCUCUCCGGCUGCUACAUCCGUCUGGCGUCGCAGGUUCUGGCCACUGUGCUGCCCCUGGUUAUCCUGCUGAUCGACGGAAACUUUGGGUACUGGCACAACACGCGCAAGGUGGAGUUCUGGAACCAGAUGAAGCUGAUCGGACACAACGUGGGAAUCUUUGGUGCCGUGCUGAUCUUGGCCACAGAUGGUUAAAACAUGUUUUGCUCUCCAGUGACCAACAUCAGAACCAAUGUCUUUGAGAAGAACUGAACUGUCGUCCAAUAAUUUAUUAUGAACAAAGUCUUCUUUUGCGUGUGGGCUCAGACACAAGUGUUCUUAUUGAUGCUCUGAUGUAUCUGCGGGGAAACUGUUUCCCCCAAAUUAUUUUAUUAAAAAA